UAAUCUCUUCACUCUGCCCCAGCCCAGCUGCACAUAACAUGCAUGUGCAGACAAACACAUCACACACUCACAUGCAGGACUUUUCCCAAAUUCCAGCCAUGUUUUUACAGUACUUAUUUUCCCUUGAUUUUAUGAGCUGGUUGAUAGGAAUUUUUCUUUUCUUGCUGCUUGUCGACAUCAUCAGGAAUAAAAAUCCAUCUAAUUUUCCACCAGGACCUCGUCCUCUGCCGUUUGUGGGAAAUAUCUUCACUGGGCUUGACUUCAAAACCAUAGACAAACUCGCUGAGGAGUAUGGGGAGGUUUUCAGCCUGAGAUGGGGCAGUGAGAAAAUGGUGUUUAUCUCUGGAUACAAAAUGGUAAAGGAGGCCCUCAUCACUCAGCUGGACAGCUUUACUGACCGUCCUAUCGUCCCUCUGUUUCAUAAAGUCUUCAAAGGACUUGGUGUCGCCCUCAGUAACGGGUACGUGUGGAAGAUGCAGAGAAAGUUUGCCAACACUCACCUGCGGCGUUUUGGUGAGGCAAAGAAGAAUCUUGAGCUGAGUAUCCAGCAGGAGAGCGUCUUUCUGUGUGAAGCUUUCAAAGAGGAAAAAGGUCCUUUUGACCCUCAGUUCUACCUGAACAACGCCGUCUCAAACAUCAUCUCUGCUCUAGUAUUUGGACAUCGCUUUGAAUAUCAUGAUGAGCGUUUCCUUACUGUCUUGCGACUGGAUGCUGAAGCCAUCCUAUUGGCAGGUUCUGUACGGGCUCAGCUGUACAACGCCUUCCCACGUCUCUUUGACUAUGUUCCUGGCCCUCACCAGAAGAUUUUUGCCAACUAUGGCAAAAUUGUAGAUUUCCUAACUGAUGAAAUCAGAAAGCACAAGGAGGAAUUUGAUCCCUCAGACCCACGGGACUUCAUAGACGCUUACCUGGUAGAAAUGGAGAAGAAAAGCAGUGACCCUGAAGCUGGCUUUAACAUUGAGACAUUAGUAGUGGCUACACUGGACAUGUUUGAGGCAGGGACAGAAACUGCGGCCACAACAAUACGGUGGGGUCUUCUCUUCAUGAUGAAAUACCCAGAGAUACAGAAGAAGGUACAAGAAGAGAUAGACAGAGUGAUUGGGCAGUCACGUCAACCCAGCAUGGCUGACAAACCCAACAUGCCCUACACUGAAGCGGUCAUCCAUGAGAUCCAAAGAGUAGGCAACGUUGUUCCUCUGGGUUUCCCUAAAAGUGCCAGUAAAGAUGUAACACUGGGAAGAUACUUCAUACCAAAGGGCACUGCAGUGACCACAAACCUGUCAUCUGUGCUUAAUGACAAGACCGAGUGGGAAACCCCAGACACCUUUAACCCAGGACACUUUCUUGAUGAACAAGGCCAAUUCCGCAAGAGAGAUGCCUUUCUGCCCUUUUCAGCAGGUAGGAGGGUGUGUGUAGGGGAACUGCUGGCACGUAUGGAGCUCUUCUUGUUCUUCACCUCUCUGCUACAACGCUUUACAUUCACCCCUGGCCCGGGAGAGAAGCUGAGCCUGGAGGGCCAGAUGGGUUUCACGUACGCCCCCAGCCCCUAUUGCAUGUGUGUGAUUCCACGCUGAGUUUCCAUACACAAAGAUAUGAGAUAUGAAGAAAGUGGAGGAUUUUUCAGAGAAUGCUGCAUCAAGAAUACAAACUAGGCAGAUAUAUAUAUAACCUGUACUGCAGAUAUAUAUAUAUAUAUAACCUGUACUGAAAAGGGCAUGGAAUAGGCAUGUAUAUAAAAGGGGGCUAAAAAACGUUUUGGACAAUGCAUAUGCAAUUCUUUCUUAGUAUCGUCUCAUGGUUCACCUGUCUUGUAAGCUGCCUGUGUAAAUCAUCUAUUUGAUAAAUUCUGUGUACAUUACUGAAUUACAUAAAAGGCUUUUAUGGCAAUGCAAGAACAAAUGUAUAAGUAUGCUAUCAUUUAAAAAUUUUAGCAUGCUGUGCUGCUAUUGGCCCAUACAAAAUAAACAAAGUAAGAUUGUGUUUGAUA